CGGGGGUCCCCGAUUCCCCCCUGGGCAAGCGUGGCCUCCGAGGGCAUGAGGUCCGGGCCCAGCGCUUUCGGUUCUUGGAGGAGCCUGGCCUGGGGGCCGAGGGGGCCGUACUGGAGGUCAGCGUCCCGCAGGUGCUGCAUCUGCAGUAUGGAAUGUAUGUUUGGCCCUGUGCGGUGGUCCUGGCUCAGUACCUGUGGUUUCACAGAAGAUCUCUGCCGGGCAAGGCCGUCUUAGAGAUUGGAGCUGGAGUGAGCCUUCCAGGAAUUAUGGCUGCAAAAUGCGGUGCUGAAGUGAUCUUGUCGGACAGUUUAGAGCUGCCUUACUGUCUAGAAAUCUGUCGGAAAAGCUGUGAAAUGAAUAACCUGCCACAGGUGCCUGUCGUAGGACUGACAUGGGGACAUGUAUCUCAAGAUCUUCUGGCUCUACCACCACAAGAUAUUAUUCUUGCAUCUGAUGUGUUCUUUGAACCAGAAGAUUUUGAAGACAUCUUAACUACAGUCUACUUUUUGAUGGAAAAAAACCCCAAAGUCCAAUUGUGGUCCACCUACCAGGUAAGAAGUGCUGACUGGUCACUUGAAGCUUUGCUCUACAAGUGGGAUAUGAAAUGUGUCCACAUUCCUCUGGAGUCUUUUGAUGCAGACAAAGAAGAUAUAGCAGAAUCUGCCCUCCCAGGAAGACAUACUGUUGAAAUGCUGGUCAUCUCCUUUGCAAAGGACAGUCUCUGAAUUACACCUACAUACAGGUUCUUCUGGGACAAUGUCAAUACUAAUUAGCAACCUGGCAUGCCAACUAAGACUCAGACCACUUCAGCUUCUUGGGAGUACAAGCACUGAAUCUGAAGAUAGUCUGGGUGGCCUUAAAGAUGGUAGUGGGUCACCUAAACACUCAUGGGUUACAAAGCCAUGAAAACAAAAAUUAACAGA